CCAGAUGUUUUUGCUCAGCUGGCAGGGGGUUUUCCUUCCCAGAAAUAGCUGUGAUAUAAAGACAGAUGACAUCCAUAAAACCUUUUUGGUAAGUUAACAGAAAUCCAGCCAGGUUGCUUCGCUGGUGUCUUUUGAUUGGCACCACUGGGUCACUCAGUCCGAAGCUGGUGAAUUGUAUACGCCAGGUGAUGGAUUGAUUCUCCGCCCCCGCCUGCAGCACGUAGAGGGAAGGGCGGCCGAGCCGGGGGACUACAACUCCCAUGAGCGCACGGGGCAGGGGAGCCAACCUCUCCCAGCAUUCUCCUGGAUUAACCCAUUAGUCGAUGCUUCACAGGAGUGAAGGUGGGUGUGGGUAAGUAGAGGGUCGUUUUGAGGGUCUGCGGGCACCUCUCCCUGCCUCGCUAAGAACCACGAACCGUGGGCUGAGGCGGUCAGCAGCGAGGAAGAAGCCGAGAAGGGAGAAGACGCUUGGCUACGGCCGCCCUCAGAAACCAGUAUGUCAAAGGAACAGCCCGGGGCCUCCUCCGGAGGGCAGCGGGACGUAGGGCGCGGCCUCGAGAACCUGCCCAUCAGUUCGUGGCCCGAAGGGGAAGAGCCCGAGUUCCAGUAUACUCCUGAACACGUGAUUGGACCUGGAGCGGAAGCUGAUCCCACUCAAAUAACCUUUCCCGGAUGCACUUGUCUCACAACUUCGUGCCUCCCUACCACUUGUUCAUGUCUCCUUCAUGGAGAGAAUUAUGAUAAUUCAUGCCUCAGAGACAUGGAAAGUGAAAUGGAAUUUGCCAGGCCAGUGUUUGAGUGCAAUGCCAUGUGCCAGUGCAGUGAAGAAUGCAAGAACAGGAUAGUUCAAAGAGGCCUGCAAUUCAAUCUCCAGGUGUUCAAGACUGACAAGAAAGGCUGGGGGCUUCGCACCUUGGAAUUCAUACCCAGAGGAAGGUUUGUCUGUGAAUAUGCUGGUGAAAUCUUAGGAUCUUCAGAGGCAUGCAGAAGAAUACAACAACAAACAAAGCAUGACUUCAAUUACAUUAUAGCUGUCAGAGAGCACGUAUGGAAUGGCCAGAUAAUAGAAACAUUUGUGGAUCCUACCAACAUAGGUAACAUUGGCAGAUUCCUUAACCAUUCUUGUGAGCCAAAUUUAUUAAUGGUCCCUGUCCGUAUUGACUCAAUGGUGCCUCGACUGGCACUUUUUGCAGCCAGAGACAUUUUGCCAAAAGAAGAACUUUCUUAUGACUAUUCAGGAAGAUUUCAUAAUCUUACAAAGAAUAACGGAGACCAAGAAAUGCCAGAUAAAGCCAAAAUGGGGAAGCCUUGUUAUUGUGGUACCAAAUCAUGUGCUGCUUUCUUGCCUUAUGACAGUUCCCUAUACUCACCCCUAGAAAAAAAAACGACAAGUUGAAAGAUCAGUUAAAGACUAUGACAGGCUACCAUUAGUAGUAAACAUACAUAGUCAUGAGAAUUGUUUCCACAGUUUGAACCAAAAGGCAUUAAAAUAAGCAUAUUAUAACACUUACCAAAUAUAGGGUUGGUCACAUUUUCAUUUCAAACUAUUUCAUGAUUGAGAAUGGGAUAACAUUUCCAAAUCAUAAAAUGAAAAUAAGCAUGUAACACAAAAGAAGAGAGAACUCUGAUAGUGCCCACUGAAUUGUGUGAUGAUUAAAAAAUUCUGAGACAUA